AUGCUGUGUAACGUAUCGUCGAAACGUUUGGAGGACAGAAUUAGCCAAGCGACUCCGACUCAGUCGGAACGUCUUUCGGUUCAGGCGUUCCCAUGGUCGUCUUCGGGUCCGAUCGCAGACCUGUCCGGAAAGUGGUCUCCGUUGUCGGGGUCUUCGUUUAGACCACUGCGCCCGACCGCCCCUGGCUAUUCACUGCCAUCGUAUACGUUGACCACCGGUGGACAGCGCAUUUGCGGCUCGUCUCCGGGCGUACAGUACAUCGACGGCUUGCAUUUGGGCUCGCCUCUGCUUCUGCCGGUGUGCCUCGUCGACUCUUUGUCGCCGGUGCCCAGGUUCGCCCAGCUGCCUGUCUGGUUACCAGUUUUGGAGGAACUGGUCCACAGAGCGACAGAAGAACCUUCGACCGCCGCUUGCCUGCCCCUCGGAUGCGCGGCCGCCUCUGCCUCUGAACGGCAACCGAAUACCAAAGGAGAGUUGCGCUCAAAGGCGACAUGCCAGACGACACCCAGCGGUGUAGCCGUCUGCCCUCGUCGUGCUGAUAGUCGUAUUCGCAACCACAGUUGCCUCCAGCGAUCAGGCUGUUCGUCCGCGUCAUCUUUCUCCUCAUCCGACACACUCAGUGGACACGAAUCAGAUAUGGCCAGCGAAUUUUUCGUUCCUCACCCAGUGGAUGACUACCUCAAAACCGUCAGUGCAGACGAACCUCUCGCGAAGCAGGCGCGAUAUUCUGUCGAUGUCGGUCAUGGUAAGUUUCGUAGUCUCCUGCCUUCUGUCUUCAGUGUCCGCGUAGUUGUGAUGAUUACAACAAAUUCAUGAUU